GAUUAACACCCUUCAUCCUACAUCACAGCAUGGAUAACCCGUGAGAUUCAGCGCGUAUUUGGACUGGAAGACGCGCAGCCAUGGCGUCGGCGCAGGGAAUUCUCCACAGCGUUUUCUCCUGCUCGUCCCCGGCUUCCAGGAGCAUCACCAAGCGGAGACUCCGCCAGACCCGGAGUUUAGACCCGGCCAUAAUCCGCAGCUGCGACACGGAUCCAGAUUUAACCCGUGGAGAGUUGGAAAGAUCUCCCGAAGAGCCGGACGCGUCUCAAUCCGAGACCCAGCCGCGCUCCAAGAGCACCACGAGUAACCUUAAAUGGACGCAGCCGUCGCUGUCAUCUCUGUCCACUCCACCAACACCUCUGGACAUUUCUCCAUCCUCCACAUCCAGCUUUCACUUCGAUUACGAUUUUAAAAGUGGGAAAAGGAACACGGUGUGGGAUUUACCCUUCCUCACCCCCUCAGCCAGUUCGGGCACUAUCUUCUCCCCCAGAAGGUGGCUUCAGAAAAAAGCUCAGCACACUGCGUCCCAGGAGUAUGUGGUCUGGAGGUCUGAGGGUGAUUUUACCUGGAACAGCCUGUCUGGGAGAAGCGUCCGUCUCAAGCCCGUGUCCAUUCAGAGCCUGUCAGAGCUGGAGAGGGCAAGACUGCAGGAAGUCGCCUACAACCGCCUUCACCAGGACUAUGACCUAGGCUGCCAGAUCACGAUUCCUAAAGAUUGCCAGAAGAGGAAGAAAUCACUGCGGAGGAAGCUGGACUCCCUGGCCAAAGAGAAGAAUAAAGACAAAGAGAACACACCCCAGGCUUUUGGAAUCCCUUUAUCACAAGUGAUUGCCAAUGACCGGACGCUGCGUCAACGUCAGGAGGGUCAGAGAGAGGAGCAGAGAGACACGAGUGACCUCGUCUCGUCCAUCCUGCAGUUCGCCACGCGCCGUCCCACCAAGGAACUUUCGAGCAGCAACUCAUCACUCAGCUCCACCUCAGAAACAGCCAAUGAGUCUACAUCGUCCAACACGCCCGAGGCAGCGCCCCGCGCUCGCAGGAGGGGCGGCAUGUCCGUGGACUCCAUCACGGAUUUAGAUGACAACCAGUCCCGUUUGCUGGAGGCUCUUCAGCUCUCGCUUCCAGCCGAGACUGCCAACAAAAAGGAGAAGCAGCAGGACAAGCGGAUGAGCCUAAACCCCAUCUACAGGCAGGUCCCACGUGUGCUGGACAGCUGCUGCCAGCACCUUGAGAAGUAUGGUCUACAGACGGUGGGCAUCUUUAGAGUGGGCAGCUCGAAGAAAAGAGUGCGGCAGCUGCGGGAGGAGUUCGACCACGGCGUGGACGUGCAGCUGGACGAGGAGCUGAGCGUCCAUGACGUGGCGGCGCUGCUGAAGGAAUUCCUGAGGGACAUGGCUGACCCGCUGCUCACCAAAGAGCUCUACACAGCCUUCAUCAACACCACAUUGCUGGAUUCAGAAGACCAGCAAAUCGUCACCCAGCUGUUGGUUUACCUGCUUCCGCCCUGCAACAGCGACACGCUGCAUCGGCUGCUGGAGUUCCUGCACACGGUGGCUCAACACGCUCACAACAGCUACGACAAAGAGGGUCAGGAGGUGACAGGAAACAAGAUGACGUCAAUCAACCUGGCCACGAUCUUUGGGCCGAACCUGCUGCACAAGCAGAAGAGCUCAGAUAAAGAGUUCAGCGUGCAGAGUAGCGCCCGGGCCGAGGAAUCCACGGCCGUUAUCGCUGUGGUACAGAGGAUGAUCACCAACUACGAGGAGCUCUUUAUGGUAUCUGCGGACCUGCAGAACGAGGUGCUGAUGAGCUUGCUGGAGACCGAUCCUGAUGUGGUGGAUUACCUGUUACGACGCAAAGCAUCACAGAGUCCUGAUUUGUUAAAUUCAGAGGCAUCAUUUUCCAUGAGCGAAUGCAGAUCGUCCAGCGACUCCAACAAGGCCUCCAGCGGUGAGGUGUCACCCUACGACAACAACUCACCCGUGCUGUCUGAGCGGAGGGUGGGAGACACGGGGAAAGACAAUGAAGUUGAAUGUGGACGCGGUACAGAACGACUGUUUUGUGUCCCAGAGCAGAACAGUCUAGUGCGACAAGUCACAGGACGGAGCAGAGACAUCGUCUCGAAUCCCUGGUCUCCAUUAAAAGAGAUUUCAGAGGAGCACGCCAACAUCUGGGGUGCAUGGCACUCGACGCUAAAGCCAGGGUUACAAGAACAAACCUACACAGGUUCCUGUUGUAGCACGUCAGAGGGAAACUCUCGCAUUUCCCAAAAGGGUAUCGAUGGUCAUCACAGCAACACUAAGCAGCCUGUUUGGACUUCCGCCACAUCGGGUGGGCCAGAUUUCACACACUCCACUGCGACGCCGUCAUGUACCAACCUGAAUCUUAAUACCAGAGGCAGACUGGCGUGCAGCAGCUCAGAGGACCAUCCAGUUGACCCCACUUUGUUCUCCAAAACAGCCAACAGGAACGAAACCCACCUUCCUCAGUCAUCGUAUAGACAUUCAAGAUUAACGCCGUCAGUUUCAUCCAAUUCUGUCACAUCUCAAGCUCAGCAGUGUCCGCAGCUUGGAAAGACUGUCGCCCAGAACUCGUCUUCUUUACCAACGGGCACAGUGAUGCCUACAAGCUCAGAGUGGCAGGACUGGCAGCAGGACAGAUGGCAUAUCUGGCAGUUGCUGUCUUCAGACAACACAGACACGCUGCCUGAGACGCUGGUCUGACGUCUUCGUUCUUGGAUUUAUGCAUUUCAGUCCGUUUAUAUCGAGAAGCCACUGACUGGGGCGAGGCUUGGGCAUAUCUUGUACUUCAUGGGCGGUUGUGUCAAGUGUAUAGAGCUGCGUCGGACUGUAGAAACCAAUGGAGGUACACUGGUUGCACCGGUGGGGAAAACUCCAAGCAGCAUACUGAGCUCACCAACCGGACAAAUGAAUCUGCCAAUAACUUAAUGCUUAAUCCAUUUGGAAAGCCAUGUUACAUUCAGACUGGUUGCUGUGGUUUUGAAAAGCCACUUCCAGUCCAGAGUAAGCUUCAGUUCUUUUACCUGCUAUUUGAAAUGCAGAUAUUUUAGGCUGUAAGCCAGGUACCUUAAAUCAGUUCCUAAACAAAUGUAAAGCUAAACUAUCAACACUUUUAUAUGGACAAAUAAUAUACAGUACUCAGAUUAAUGUAUUACUGCGGUGUAUGUAUGCAUUAUAUAUAUUUUCCAUUUUUUGUACAAUGUUUUGCACUGAAUAUGACAUGACAUGGGUUGCAACUUAUCUUUCCUGU